AUGCCGCAUGACAACUUGUCAGACGACGAUGACGAGAAAUACGCAUCCUCGGAAGACUCGGACUUCGCCCCUGAAGAGGCGCCAGAGCAGGCGUCGGCCUCUCUCGAUUCCGAGGCAGACUCCGAGGGCGAGGCCGACGACAGAGCGGUCGGGUCGACAGCCAGAAAGCGACAGGCAGACGGAGAUGUCGAUGGCCAAGACGAGGGCUAUGAUAACUCGGGAGAUGAAGCCAUUAUUCAAAAAGGCCGCAAGCGACAAAGAAAGCGUAGGGAUGCGGGUGUUGGGUCCGAUGACGAUGCCCAAGCUCAUGGUGGCUUGAUCAAGACCAGGAGGCAACGGGCCGAAGAGAAAGCGGAGCGAAAAGUGGCAGCCAUUGAGGGCAAAGUCACGGUCGAUGUCGACGCCCUGUGGGAGCAAAUGGUGUCGGGAAACCCCAUGAUACCGAAGUCGUCCGAAGAAAGCAAAGCACCCGAGUCUCCGAAUGGCAAACGCAAGAUUCCAGCCGGAAACAUGCAGGAUGGCGGAGUGCCCAACGAGGAUCCCUCCGAGACGAUCCUCAUCAAGCGCACCUACAACUUUGCCGGCCAGGUCCACACAGAAGAGAAAAUUGUCGGUCGCGACUCUGCCGAAGCCAAGUUGUACCUCGCUUCUCACGGCGGCCAAGUUCCCCUCGAAACAUCUCCGGCGAAACGCGCAACCAAGAAGGCGUUUCGCUCCGCCUUUGAGCCCAUCGUCGAGGUCGGUCCCGGUCGCACGGAUCUCGACCUCGGCGUCGCCGCGAUGGCGCACGCGGCCAAGGAAGCGCAGGCGAAGAAGUUGAACACGGUGGAGAAGAGCCGGAUGGAUUGGGCUGGUUACGUGGACAAGGAGGGUAUCAAGGACGAGCUGGAGCUCGCGAGCAAGUCCAAGGAGUCGUACAACGCGCGGUCGGACUUUCUGGCGAGAAGCGAAGCGAUACGAGGCGAAGAGGAAAAGAGGGCAAGGGUGGCGGCCAGAGCAUGA